CCUCACGGGGCAGUGGUGAGUCACGAAAGGCUGUCAGAGAAGUUGAGGCCGUUGUAAACACGGACAUGGCUGACGAGAGGGGCGGAGGAGAAGAAAACAUUAACGACAACAUGGGGAACCAGCUAGAGCUUUUACCAGAAAACGACGAAGAGGAGGAGGAGGAAGAUGACAUGGAGACUGAAGACCGUGACAGUGAGGAUGCAGAAAAGCGAAGUUUCAUCACCUUUGACCCCAGCCUCCCCACAUCACAUGCUUACCUGGGCUCAGACAUGGAGGAGUUUCACGGCCGCACAGUCCACGAUGAUGACAGCUGUCAGACCAUCCCUGUGCUGCCGCACACGGCCAUGAUGCUGGUGCCGGGACAGACGCUGCCUCUGAAGCUCUUCAGGCCCCAGGAGGUCAGCAUGAUGCGCAGCGUCAUCCAGAGAGACCGCACCUUUGCUGUGCUCGCACAAAGUGAUACUGGGGAGUCAGGCCCUGAGUUUGGCACAACAGCAGAAAUCUAUGCAUACUGGGAGGAGCAGGAGUACGGCAUUGAAACUGUCAAAGUGAAAGCUGUGGGCAGGCAGAGAUUCCAGGUUCACGAGAUAAGAACUCAAGCAGACGGAAUCAGACUAGCUAAGGUACAGAUCCUUCCAGAGAGGAUCCUGCCAGAUGCCCUCAAUGCUGUGCAGCUAAAGUCUGUCUCUAGGCUCCACAUGCACCUCUCCUCCAAACCACCGGCUCAGAACUCUCAGCAGUCCCAGUGCUGGUGGAGUAAAUACAACCGGAGGAAGUUUCACUGUGCUAGUCUGACCUCUUGGCCACACUGGGUCUACGCUCUGUAUGACACCGAGUCGCUUAUGAAGAGAGUGAAAAAACAGCUGCAUGAAUGGGAUGAAAAUUUGAAGGAUGACUCCCUCCCUACAAAUGCCGUAGAUCUCUCCUAUAGAGUGGCGGGCUGUCUGCCCAUAGGUGAUGCUCUGCGCCUCCAGCUGCUGAAGAUCGGUAGCGCCAUCCAGAGACUUCGCUGUGAGCUGGACAUCAUGGACCGGUGCACGUCACUGUGCUGUAAGCAGUGUGAGGACACAGAAAUCACCACAAAAAAUGAGAUCUUCAGCCUUUCUCUGUACGGCCCCAUGGCUGCGUAUGUCAACCCUCAUGGUUACGUCCACGAAACCCUGACGGUCUACAAAGCCAACAACCUCAACCUGGUCGGCAGACCAUCCACGCUGCACAGCUGGUUUCCUGGAUACGCCUGGACAAUUGCUCAGUGCCGGACCUGUGGGUCUCACAUGGGUUGGAAAUUCACAGCUACCAAGAAGGACUUGUCUCCACCUCGUUUUUGGGGUCUGACACGUUCUGCUAUGCUCCCCCGUAUCCCCCAAAGUGACGGUGAGGAGGGAAUAGAGGGUUCUCACGUGUUCUGUCUGUGACACCGGAUGAUGGUUUGCAAACCCCGCUACCACCUCAGCUUAGAUCUUCAUCCAGUGUCUGGCUGCGAUUACCCUUAAUACUCAGCACAUCACACAUAGUCAUAUUAACAGGAAGAAUUUCAAAAAACAUUUUAAGAUGCAGUGAGAACAGUGUGAAGGUAGUAUGUGUUCUUUAAAGUGGAAAGAGAGAAUAAGACAUCUGCCAUUCCUCCACAUUAGUCCUGUUCUGUGAUCUGGUCUUCUGUCCAGCUGUUGGAAGAUGUAAAAGCCAUGCUUCAUGCAUUUUGCCACAUUUCCCCCAGUUCUUGUCGUUAGUGUGAAGAGAGCGUAGUGUGUGAUUGAACGCAGUCGAGGUGAUGAUAUCUUUGGUGAGCAGGCUGCACUUUCAUCUGUUAUACAGAUACACAUCUGUUAUAUAUUGAAAUUCAUUUAGCUUUCACAUUUUUGCCGGCGGUCAAUAGUCACUUAUUGUUGGAGUUUGAAGAAAGGUGCAGUCGAACAUGGCAACGUAAUGUUUGAGUCUUUAAACCAAACUGUAUGUAGUUUUAUAUGCACGGUGGGAGAGAAUAUAAAUCUAACAAACUCAUUCUCAAAAGAUGUUGUCACCCCCCCACCUCUUUCUACAUUAUUGUAGCAGUUUUUUGUUUGUGUUUUUGUUGUUUUUUUAUUAUAAAGAAACCACCACAGCAGUAAUGCUAAUAAAGUUUGGGAACAACAGAUGCUUCCCUUAUUUUGUCACAUGUUAACAUUACAGUAAAACCUUGGCAACUACACAAAAAUGAUCAGACGAAACCCUCGUGUCGUUAGUGUAGCCAUGGCAACCACUAAGAAACACAUUUAAGUCUAUUCAGAAUUUGACGCAUUUAGUCCUGGUUUCAAAAUUUUUGUAUGAUUUGUUAGUUUUGUGUUUAUUAAAAGGCUCAUUCUGUCAGGAAAAAAGAAGAAAUUAUUUCUGUUUGCUUUCAGUUAAAAUGAGAGACCGUUUGAUGCCUCGUGGCUGAAUGUUUGUUGUCGUUUUCUUAAACAGAGCACAGAGGUGGUUUGAUUUUCUUCUUUUUGUCACGUUAAUCUACAAAAUGCUGUGCCUAUGCUCAAGAACAGUGUCUUUGAAUUCUGAGCCUUUGAACCACUGAUGUAAACAAAAGAUUGUAAAUUAUCAAUUUUGAGAUUUAGAUUUAUAAGUUUAUUUUUGGCUUGUUAUUGUUGGCUUGCAGACUCUGUUCAGAUUUGGUGGGAGGUGCUGGAUCACGUUUGUAUAAAUGUAAUUAUAGGAAGGAUUUGUAGAUUUUAUUGUAUAACUGUUAUUUGUUUUGUUUUUUUUCCUGAUUUCAUAUUGCAGGCUGCCACAAAUGAACCAUUUGAAUAGUUUUCAGCGGUAAGCAGAAUAUUCAAAUGCAAUAAGGAGAUAUCUGAAAUGUGAAGAUACUGCUGUUUAUGAUGACAUAUUUUCAGUUUAAAAACAAUCAUUGCCUGUAUUUUAUUCUUGUGGCUGAAGCACGUUAAUGCCAAGUAAAACACUUUAUGCUCUCAUGCA